AUGGAGAGGUCGUCCACUCUCCGCCCCCCGAAGCCCUCCCGCUCCGUCCCUGAUCUCCCUCCGCCCUCCCCAUCCGAUACGCACUCACCUCCCGAAUCCGACGACGGCAUCUUCGCCACACCACUAGCUUCGCCUCUUGUCAUCUCUGACGAACCUCUCGCUGCCUCUCCAACCAGCGAGCAUCCACCAGAGCUCCCAAAUUCCAGCUCGGACGCUGCGCCUUCCUCCGAUCCCGGCCCGGACUUCACGACGCUUACACCCAUCCGCGCGCAUUACCUCAAGAAGGAGCUCAUUCGCCUGCAGUUUACGCGUGAACUAGAUGCACUAGUAACAGCGCCCACAAAUAAUGUCUCGACCUUCUCGUACCUUGGAUCUCCCUUCACGCCGCCUCCGAAGGAUGCGCCCCCUCUGGAUCUGCCGUUUCUCCGGUACUUCUUCCGCCACUUCGUUCUUACCUUUCCCUUCCUCGAGUCGGCACCCAAGGACUUCUUCCCCGACAAAGUCCAGCCGUUCCUGGCCUCGCUACUAACUAGGAAUCUGUCCCCUACUUCCGUCCUAGAUGAUAACCCAGAGGAAUCGGAAGAGGCGGCUCGCCACCGUCUCCUGAACAAGCUGGAAAGGAAUCUGUCCAUGCUCAUGACUAGCGCGGCGAAGCUAGCCGAGCCCGAGGAAGUCGUCCGUCUGACACAGGCCGAUCUCAACCGCCUAGAAGUCCUGGCUAGGAAGCGUGCGGCGAGAGAGAGGCGCCUCAAGGAUAGUUUCGACAUCAAUGUAGUUUGCGUGCGGUCUGUUGUAGAGAAGAAGCGGAUGCGCAGCAAAGUUCACGAAGAAUUCAUCAUCCGCACGCGCCGGAGGGAUCAUCCAGACGUAUUCGUAUCGCGACGAUACGGGGACUUCAAGACACUAGCGGACGAGUUGCGGAAAGUGCAUCCCGACGAGGUCGUGCCUACGCCGCCCGCGAAGGACCGUAGUUUCGUGAAUGUCACGGUAUCCCCAUCGACCCCAGCAUCACCUCCGUUCCAUAUGCCAUCAGCUCCGCCAGUAAGUCCCGUCGCGAGUCAGGCGGGACGUACCCCUACACGACUACCGCGCCCCAGGGGCUCGGCGGAUCUGUACGACACCGAGCGCAAUUCCAGUGCAGACUCCUUCGGGACCGGCUCACCAACCAGUCCAACCUUCCUGAGUGUACCAGGAAGCAGCACUAGCGGCGGCGGGAUAUCACAACAAGCAAUGCGCCUCUCACGCGAGAAGAACAGGCUCACUCUGCGAUCAUAUCUUACUGUGCUCCUAUCGUCAUCGACGUUCGCAUCCUCGCCCGUGCUCAAGUCGUUCCUGCUCAGCGGCCCAACGCGACUGUCUGAGGAGGAGCUGCAGGACGCACGCAGACGGGAAGAGGCGGACCAGAUGCGCGAAGACGGCCGAAAGCGGUUCGCCAAGGAGAUUACGGCACGGGUCGAUGGGCUCAGGCAAACUGUGCGGAGCGUCAAGGGCGAGCUUCUUGGAAAAGACGGACUGACGCACAUAUUCGGCACGAUCAAGGAGACCACAGACGUGCGCAAUCUACCUGGCACCUACCAGGCUGUGAUCGAAUGGGCCAGAAUAUCACUUGCAUCGACAGUGUUCCACCACUUUGUCGCCUCCGACAGCGCGUCUGAGAGCUUUGCCUCCCUGAAGCGUAUACAUGGGCUCAUGCCGUACUUCAUGCUCAAGGCGGCGCUCAAGAUCAGCAACCCCAUGGGCAUGAUCCGCGGCGUGCUCGACCUAUUCCUCGCGCAGCCGUUUGGUGGCCGGAGUCUCCUGCAGCGGAUGUUCACAGGACAACUAAUGGAGGAGGUCCGCGCGCUCGAGGAAGACAUCGAGGCCGUCAAGGAGAAGGUCGACGAUCCGGUGAUGUGCGAGAAGGUCAAGCUGUAUGUGUAUGCCCCGCGAGAAAUCCAGGCCGUGUACAAGGCCGAUGCUGCCACGGAGGACAUGCACGUACUGGCGGUGGUCCUUCGCUCUGGGGAAGAGCCAGCCUUAUCGCGAGCCCAGAUGCAACGCGUGAUCUAUGCGCACCGGGCACACAAGGAGUACACCAAGUACACUGAGUCGUUGGAAGACUCGGACGACGACGAGGGCCCACAGAACGAGGAGGCGUGGUUGUUUGAGGACCUCAGCAUGCUCGCGAAGCUCUACUCGCGGCUACGGGACAGGGAGCAGCUCAUCGAGCUCAUCUUCCAGGGCAACACUGCGGAGCUGCUGAAGGACAUCAUCACGAUAUUCUAUGCACCGCUGGCACAAGUCUACAAGGCUGCAAGCAUCGCGGACUCGCUCAGUGACCUGCAGAACUUCAUGAACGACCUCAUCCGUACGGUCGAGCAAACUGAAGAGCUCAGCCAAACGGACCCCGCGAAGACGGUGCAGAUCUUCAUCGACCUCAUCCAGCGGCACGAGCAGUCCUUCUACAGCUUCGUGCACAAGGUGCACACGAAGGGCGAGGGCCUCUUCACGCGUCUCAUGCGCUGGAUCGAGCUCUUCCUCACGCUCAUGCGCGACGGCCUUGGCGAGCCCAUCUCGCUCGACUUCAUCCUGCCGCACACGGGCGCCGAGCGCGCGGACAUCCUGCGUGAGGUGGACUCGGUCGCGCUCUAUCACUACAAGCUCAAGGUCGCAUAUGAGGCGAAGUUGCGCCGUCGCUUCGGACGCACACAGGGCAUGAACGACGCGGACGCGGAGGACGAGGCAGCGGCGCAGUUGGUCAAUGGCGUCGUGCGGGAUCUGAGCUUUGGCGACCUAGUCAAGGGCGACGCGGAUGACCUGGCCGCGCAGGAGACGGACGACGAGGAUGGGUCGAGCGACGAGGAAUCGAGCUCGGGCUCAGGGUCGUCGGGCUCAGGCUCAGGCUCCGACGAGAGCGACGAUGAAAGCGACGAGAGCGGUGAAGGCAGCGACACAGAGCGCGACAGUACCCCGCACACAGGCGAGAUCGUCCUACCACUCGGCCGCUCACGCACAGUAGGCCACUCUCCCGUCGAAAAACGACCACCAGCACACCUCCGCUCCCCUCACGGCAUGCGGCACUCCGCAGACAUCCCGCGCCCACGCACACCCGAGGAACGCGCGCCCCCAGUCCCGCAACGCUCCCGCACGUUCUCCACCCCAUCCCGCCCCGUGCACUCAGACUCGCGAUUCAAAGACCUCCCGCCACAUCCGGGGAGCAAGGAGCUCCCCCCGGUCCCGCCGCUGCCGCACUCGGCCCCGAACCGCGCGCGGCAGCAGGAGAAGCAGCCGGAGCGGCCGCUUCCGCCGAAGAAGGCGGCGCCCAAGCCGAAGAAGGGCGCGGCUGCACCGAAGCCGCCGGAUUUGGAGCACAUCCCGCAGCUUCUGCCGUUGUUCGUGGAGAUGGUGCGUGCGUUUGCGUGCCCUGCGCGUCCCGGUGCUGACUUUGUCGGAAUUGAACAGAUGAGGCCACAGCUCAUAGUGCGACGGUGA